ACUAUAAAUAGUAAACAGCUUACUCAAUUGGGCUGGGCCUUAGUUGCAUAACACUUCCACCCAAUACCUUUCUCAAAACCCUUUCUUCUAAACCCUCAUUCCACUUCCACCAACCGUCCACCGUCCCCCGUCCGCCGUUCGCCGUCUUCAGUCCUCCGUUCGCCGUCCGCCGUCCGCCGUCCGCCGUCUUCAAUCCUCCGUUCGCCGUCCUCUGUCCGCAUUGAUCGUGUUGAAGCGAUGGAAAAGGAUAAGAAGACUAACGAUGAAAACAGUCAGGGAAACAAGUCUCACAGGAUACGAAAAUCCGGUGCUUCGGUGAAGAAGAAAUCGAAGUCCAAGCCGAAUGCGAACGAAGGUCUUUCCAAGGAGCAGAAGAAACUUAACAACCCUAAGGCAUUUGCUUUCAAUUCGACUGUGAAAGCGAAACGGCUGCAAUCACGGGCUACAGAGAAGGAGCAGAAAAGACUUCAUGUCCCAACGAUGGAUCGCACCACGGGAGAACCUGCUCCCUUUGUUAUUGUAGUUCAGGGACCUCCUCAGGUGGGGAAGUCAUUGCUGAUCAAGUCUCUAAUAAAACAUUACACAAAGCACAAUUUGCCUGAAGUUCGUGGGCCGAUUACUAUUGUAUCAGGCAAGCAAAGGCGACUGCAGUUUGUUGAGUGUCCAAAUGAUAUCAACGGGAUGAUAGAUUGUGCAAAGUUUGCUGAUUUAGCUUUGCUUCUUAUUGAUGGAAGCUAUGGCUUUGAAAUGGAAACCUUUGAAUUUCUCAACAUAUUACAAAAUCAUGGAUUUCCUAGAGUAAUGGGUGUUCUUACACAUCUGGACAAAUUCAAGGAUGUUAAGAAACUAAAGAAAACCAAGCAAAGACUCAAGCACAGAUUCUGGACUGAGAUCUAUGAUGGUGCCAAAUUAUUUUAUCUAUCUGGCCUGAUUCAUGGAAAGUACACAAAACGUGAAGUACAUAAUCUAGCGAGGUUCAUAUCUGUCAUGAAAUUCCCCCCUUUAUCUUGGAGAGUUUCUCAUCCUUACAUCUUGGUCGAUCGUUUGGAAGAUGUUACGCCCCCAGAGAAGGUGCACAUGAAUAGUAAAUGCGACAGAAAUGUUACGCUCUAUGGUUAUUUGCGUGGCUGUAAUUUGAAGAAGGGAGCUAAGGCACAUAUCGCUGGAGUGGGUGAUUAUCCUCUGUCAGGAAUUACAGCGCUAGCUGACCCUUGUCCUCUACCCUCAGCUGCCAAAAAGAAAGGACUUCGUGAUAAGGAAAAGCUAUUUUAUGCACCCAUGUCUGGGCUAGGGGAUCUCCUUUAUGAUAAGGAUGCUGUCUAUAUAAAUAUAAAUGAUCACUUUGUGCAGUACUCUAAAGAUGAUGGAACUAGUGCAGAAGGGCUACAAAAAGCAACGCAACGUGAUGUUGGUGUUGAUUUGGUUAAAUCACUGCAGAAGACAAGAUAUUCUGUUGAUGAGAAAUUAGAGAAGAGUUUCAUCACACUUUUUGGCAAGAAACCUAUUUCACCUUCCGAAGUUCCAAUUGGUUCAGUUGAUGCUCAUGAUGUGGCCGAUAAAGAAAUACCGUUAGAGCCCGUAGAGAAGUAUCAAUCUGAGAUAGUAGAUGAAGAUGAUGAAUCAGAUGAGGAUAGUGACACCGAGGGUGAAGAUGACCUUGAAUCAUCUGAUGGAGAGAAAAAAACUAUUAAAAAACCAUCUUCAAAGAGUAUAGAUGAGAGUUCAGAGGAGGAAACCUUCUAUGCAUCGGAGCAACAUUCUCCAGCACAAAGCAACUUUAAAGAACAGAUUGAUGUACAUGACGGAAGGGUGAGAAGAAGAGCUGUUUUUGAAAAUGAAAUGGUGACGGAUGACAAGGAUUCUGGUGAUGAGGAUGAUUCGGAUUCAAGUGAUGAUGAUAACACAGAAAAUGGUGAUGAUGAAUAUGCAUCUUCUCAUUCUGAUUCUUCAGCAGAUGAUGAAGAAGAUAAUGAAGAUGAGAUGGGAAACGUUUCCAAAUGGAAGGAGUCAUUGUCAGAACGAACUGCAGCCAGAAGAAAAAUUAAUCUUAUGCAACUUGUAUAUGGGAAACCUGAAUCAAAAUCUUCGGACGAGAUGAAGGAAAUCAGCGAUGAAGGAAGUGAGGAUGAUGAGUUCUUUAAGCCUAAAGGGGAAGGGAAUAAGAUAUCACAGAAAGGAAUACAUGAAAAUGAUGUGGACAUUGAUGAUUGUUCAAAAUUCUUAAGUAACGUAAGCCUUAAGGAUUGGAGCAGUGACGAUAUGGUUGCAAGUAUUCGUGAUCGUUUUGUCACUGGAGACUGGUCGAAGGCAUCUUUAAGAAAUCAACUCUCAAAAGGUACUGAUGGUGAUGAAGAUGAUGAAGCCUUCGGUGAUUUUGAAGACUUGGAAACAGGUCAGAAGUAUGAAAGCCAUGGCACAGAUGAAGUUGGUGGCUCUCGCAAAGAUAAUGACUUGGCAGCUGAGGAGCGAAAGCUGAAAAAAUUGGCUCUCCGUGCAAAAUUUGAUGCUCAGCUUGAUGGCUCAGAUGAAGGUAACGAUGGCAAUGACGAGACCAAGGUUAGUCGUGGUCAAACCAAUGCAAGUGGAUUCUAUGAUAAGUUGAAGGAAGAGAUGGAACUUCGGAAACAAGUAAACAUUGCUGAACUUAAUGAACUUGAUGAAGUUACUCGGGUUGAGAUAGAAGGUUACAGAACUGGGUCUUAUCUUAGACUUGAAUUUCGCGAUGUGCCUUUUGAAAUGGUUGAAAAUUUUGAUCCUUGUCAUCCUAUUCUUGUUGGUGGUCUUGCACUGGGGGAAGAAAAUGUUGGAUAUAUGCAGGUACGACUGAAGAGACAUAGAUGGCACAAGAAAGUAUUGAAAACUAGAGACCCGAUAAUUGUUUCCAUUGGAUGGAGACGCUAUCAAACUGUACCCAUAUAUGCCAUUGAAGACCAUAAUGGGCGACAUCGCAUGCUCAAAUACACACCUGAACAUAUGCAUUGUCUUGCAAUGUUUUGGGGCCCACUUGCACCCCCUCAUACUGGGGUGGUUGCUAUCCAGAAUUUAUCGAGUAACCAGGCAUCAUUUAGAAUUACUGCUACUGCUACAGUGAUGGAAUUCAACCAUGCUGCAAGGAUAGUGAAGAAGAUCAAGCUAGUUGGUUAUGCCUGUAAAAUCUUCAAGAAAACUGCCUUCAUUGAGGAAAUGUUUACUUCAAAUCUUGAAAUAGCCAGAUUUCAAGGGGCAGCUAUACGAACCGUUAGUGGAAUUCGUGGGCAAGUUAAGAAGGCUGCAAAAGAAGAGAUUGGUAACAAGUCCAAGAAGAAGGGCGGAGCUACAAGAGAAGGCAUUGCUAGAUGCACAUUUGAGGAUAAAAUAAAAAAGGGUGACAUUGUGUUCUUACGGGCUUGGACUCAAGUGGAAGUUCCUCAGUUUUACAACCCUCUGACAACAGCCUUGCAGCCACGUAAUGAGACAUGGCAGGGAAUGAAAACAGUGUCUGAACUUAGGUGGGAAAAUAACCUUCCGGUGCCAGUCAACAAGGAUUCACUUUACAAGCCUAUUGAGAGGAAGCAGAGAAAGUUCAAUCCAUUGGUUAUCCCAAAGUCGUUACAGGCAGCUCUACCAUUUGCGUCGAAGCCCAAGGAUAUACCUUUUAGAAAAAGGUCAUUGCUUGAAAAUAGGAGAGCUGUAGUGAUGGAGCCUAAAGAACGUAAAGUGCAUGCUCUUGUCCAACACCUUCAACUCAUUAGAAGUAAUAAGAUGAAAAAACAAAAAAUCAAGGACGAUGUAAAGAGGAAGGCAAGAGCAGUGGAGCUUGCAAAGGAAGAGCAAAUUUCGAAAAAGAGACAGAGGGAAGAACGUAGGGGAAGGUACAUAGAACAGGAAAAGCAAAACAAGAAAAUACGACGAAAAACAGAAUCCUGAUUCUUUAGCUGCUAUUUCUGGUGAGUGUCGGGGAAGAGCAUCCUCGACCGUACACUAUAAUGGGGCAGAUACAACGUUUUUUAUGCGUGUUUUUGUCCAAUUUUGUUGUGCUUUAUCCGAAUACAUUUAUUGCAGCUACAAUGGGAACGAACGAUACUAAGUAAAGCUUGUUUCUAAGAUAUGGCCUAACCAUAUUGGCUAUCCGGCAGAGUAAGAACAAGGUAUGGACCUUCUAUCCAUAUUUUGUCUCGUUUUGAACUUGUGAUCUAAUGCACACACACAAUGCAUUAUUUAUUUAUGGUAGCUUGAAAAGAGUAUUAGUUGAUUUUUUAAAGAAAGAUUCCUCCUUCUGUGGUUCUGAUAGAGAUGUCCUUCUGUUGUGCAUGCUUACUAUGUGAUAUAUGGACUGAUGUCUGUAAUUCUAAAUUUGAUUUCAAAUUUUCUUUUGUUGAUUGAUUAAGAUGGACUGUUGUACUGGGAUUUUGCGAGUCUUAAAAGUUAGAAGAUUCACAUAACAAUCUAUUAAGUUGCUUGUCUGGGCGAA